AUGAGCAUUAACAUCAGCUGUUGCUUCUCAUGCCCCCCCCUCCACCUCACGCGCAGCGGAUUGUUUGCGGCAAAUCUUUCAGGACCCUCAUGCACUCUCUCUCUCUCUCUCUCCCUCUCUCUCUCUCUCUCUCUCUCUGAGAAAUAUGAUCAUCGCUGUGAUAAAUGCAAAGUAUUUGGAAAUUCGCUAGUUUCCCUUGGGAGACGCUUGAGCUGGAAAAGAUUAUUUCUCUUUCUUUAUUUUUUUUCCCUCUCUCUCUCUCUCUCUCUCUCUCUCUCUCUCUCUCUCUCUCUCUCUCUUUCUAUAUCUCUCUUUCUCCGUCUAUCUUUCUCUGUCUAUCUUUCUCUCUCUUUCUCUCUAUCUCUCUCGUACACUCUAGUUGUGGAGUAUGGAACAGCCGGUUGUUUUGCUUUCUUUUUUUGUCGCUGUUGUUUUUACACGGGAGAGAGUGACAAAGUAACUGAUAGAUUUGUUCUCUAUUUUUCUCUACUUCUAAUCUUUCUCACCUCCUACUUACCUGUAUGUCUUCUUCUUCUUCUUCUUCUUCUUCUUCUUCUCUCUCUCUCUCUCUCUCUCUCUCUCAUUCUUUCCUACUCUUUCUUUCUACCUAAAUUUACCUUCUCCGACUAUCACCUUCCUUCUCUCUUUCCCCCUUUGGUUAUGUACGUCAUACAAUUUGAAACAUUUAUUUACUCUAUUAAACUUUGA